AAGUGCCACCGAAAAUCGAACGAACGCGCGGCGCAACGCAACGGGCACACAAAAAAGACAGAACAGGGGAAGCAAACUUAACCCUACCUUGACCAGAGGGUCCCUUUCCGAUGGACGACGGGGCCCACGCCGCCGCCGGCGACUCGGCGGAGGCGUCCUCGUCGGCGUCCUCUUGCGGCUCGGCCUCCCAGCGAUCCUCCCGGCCGCACAAGGGGGUGCGCCUGCGGCUACCGCUACGGCGGCGGCGGCCGUUGGCCGUUAGGGGAGGAGGAGGGGGCGACGGCGGCGGCAGCGGCAGCAAGGGCGCCGGUGACAGCGUGCAGGAGGAACUUGCGCUGCCUCUCGGGAUGUCCUUCGCGGCGGUUCUCGCGCAGGUUCUGAAUAAAAGCGCUGUUUCUGGAGGCAGAUUACAGCCUGAUUUCCUUUCAAAGAUGUGUACCUCAGCAGUGAAGGAGUCCUUAACAAAUAUAUAUGGCGACAGGUUUGAUAGUUUCAUUGGAAACUUUGAGAAAUCAUUUGGCAGUACACUGAAGACCCUUCAUCGUAUUAAUGAGGCACCUGUCUAUGAGCAAGAUAUCCCUCAAAGUUCUCACAGUGAUGGUAAUCUUGUGGCUGAUACCAAAUUGAGUGGUGCUGAUUCACAAGGCCUGAUACAUGAGGUUCAGCAGAAUACGCUCUUGAAUUCCACGAAUAAGGAGAUUAUUCUUCAUGCUGGCAUUAAUCAGCAGCUAGUUCAGCUCCCUCGUUCUAGAUCUGGACCAGAAUCUGAUCAGGACAUCCUGAAUGUAUUUGAGAGAUCUUUGAAUGAGCAAGUUCGUUCAAAUGAGCUCAAAGAACUUGAAAUAGGACUUAGUAUGAGGAAGUUGCAACUAAAGCAGUCUCAGCUAGCUCUCGGUUCCUACUCGCACAUGUUAGACAAGAUCAAGAUUUCUAUGGGAUUUCAGAAAGCUGCUUUCAAAGUGGAGAAAUUUAGGACUCAGAUGGAGGACACAAGACAUGCAGAACUUCUCAAGAGGCUUAUAGAUAUGCUUCUUACAGCAGUUGUUUUUAUGUCUAUCUGUUUCGGAUAUGGAACAUAUAUUUAUUCGUACCAGCGCAUAACAGCUGUUACCGCAGCUUGUGCAGCUGGUUCAAGGGAGUCUAAAUCUUGGUGGAUGCCAAAUUCAGUAUCAGCUUUCAACUCUGGAUUGCUGUUUUUCAGAUGUCAUGUAAUAGCAGCAACAAGGAUAUCUUUCGGGGUGUUGAUAAUUCUAUUGAUUGCUUGGUUGAUAUUCCAGCGCUCUGCAAUGACUGGGCCGAACAUGCCAAUAUCAUUCAAUCUUGUGUUACUGGGAGUUGUUUGCGGUUUUGUUGGAAGGUUCUGCGUUGACACACUUGGCGGGGAUGGAAAUGUCUGGCUUGUAUUCUGGGAGAUCCUUUGCGCCAUCCAUUUACUUGGAAACAGUUAUCCAUCUCUUUUACAUCGAGGCCUUUAUGGUCCUAUUUCUGUGACGCACAGACCCAAGGCUGUUGGUUUGCCAUAUUGGGUUCGCCGAUACAUAUUGUAUGCUGUGCUGUCCUUCAUCCUUCCAUGCUUGGCUGGUUUGCUGCCAUUUGCAUCUCUAUCAGAUUGGAGGGAACACGCAGUCGAAUUAAUAAGGUCCAGAUUCACUGCAAGUGACAUUGAGACUUGAGAUUGGAUGUGGUCAUCAGCAUGGCAGCAGAACCUUGAGAAGUUUUGUCAGGUGGAACAAACAAUAAGCGCUUGCGCGAGGUUGUACCUGCUCUCUGAAGAUGAGUUUGUCUCACAAAUGACCAAGAUGAAGCAUAAGUUCAAGUGUAGCAAGAAUUGCAGCUAGUUUUGCAUGGCUUGUUUUUGACCCCUCAGGCCUCUGGCAGAUAGUCGUGCUCAUUCUGUCACAACCCAAAAUCAAGAGCGAGAUACUAUACUUCUAUGUAAUUUCUCUGUCGGAAAUGUUCAAUAUAUUAUGUAGAUUAUUACUCACAAAAAAAAAGUAUGUAGCGGUUUGUUAUGUAGCUUUUUUUUUGGCCCUGGUGUGUGUGGACCAUGUCCUCGGUGAAUAUGUUGGUUCCUCUCUUCCUUUUCUCCUUCAGCAUCCUGUAUUCCUGUGUUGCCUGAUGUUUAUUUGGUUGAUCAGCUGCUGCCAUCUGCUGCAGCCAUUCUUUUCUUUGGUCCGAUUGUUAGCUGUUUGUUUAGGCAAUGUUUCCUUGCAUGUAAGCUUUGUAAAUUGUAAUGUUAACAAGCUUAUUAAUUCGAGUGUGAUGUCUGUAAGUGUUGACAGUUGCUUUUGCAAUAAAUCCAAUCUGGGUUGAUGUU